ACCAUUAAAGCCAAUUGUUUCCCCCCACAAGUUUGCAAGACGAAGACCACACUUCUUUAUGUUCAAACCGCUCUUUUCGAUAUUCUCUUUUUCACUCUUCUCAGUAGUAUUUAUAUCUCCUAUAAUCUAUACAAUGCUAAGCUGGUGAAGCCACGUUCUUAACUUGCUCUUUUAAGGUCCAUUCUUCCGACCAUUCCCACCUCAAGAACUAUUUGCCUCACACUUAAGCAUGGGAGACAAGUUGCGUUUGGCAAUAGGAGUAAUGGGAAAUGCUGCCUCCAUGCUACUCUAUGGUGCACCCAUGUAACGAUCAAGUUCUACUACCACACUGCUGAUUUUUGUUUUCGUUUUUGAAAGUUUGAUACUUACAUCACUUAUAACCUCGUUGAGCUAAUGUCGGAGUUUUUCGUUUCUGUUGUAACCAGAUUAACUUUUGCAAGGGUUAUUAGGAAGAAAAGCACAGAGGAGUUUUCAUGCGUUCCAUACGUUAUUGCACUUCUGAAUUGUUUCCUUUACACUUGGUAUGGGCUUCCAGUUGUAAGCCAUAGGUGGGAAAACUUCCCCUUGGUCACCAUUAAUGGCUUAGGGAUUCUUCUCGAGCUCUCCUUCAUCUUCAUAUAUUUUUGGUUUGCAUCGACUAGAGGGAAGAUGAAGGUUUCAAUGCUAACGAUAGCUGUUACCAUAGCUUUUGUCAUCGCUGCAAUAAUAUCAUCUUUUGUAUUGCACAAUCACCAUCACCGCAAGGUAUUUAUCGGGAUUAUUGGACUGAUAGCCUCCGGAACAAUGUACGGCUCUCCCUUGAUAGCUGUGAGACGUGUUAUACAAACAAAGAGUGUGGAAUUUAUGCCAUUCUAUUUGUCGUUUUUCUCUUUUCUUGCUAGUUCAAUUUGGCUAGGUUACGGUGUAUUGAGCCAUGAUCUUUUGAUGACGUCUCCUAAUAUGAUUGGCAGCCCUUUAGGCAUUCUCCAGCUAGUGCUCUAUUUCAAGUAUAGGAAGACAACAGGAAUCAUGGAAGAACAACACGAAAGGGAUGUAGAAAAGAGCAACGAAAAACCCACACAGCAAUCUCAAGUCACGGCAACUGACGAUAUCAAUGGCAAGAUCUGAAGGAUUUUACGCCAAGGGAAACCUUCAUUUUGAUGGGCAAUAAAUUUCAUCUACUCUCAAAGAGGCAGUUAGAAUAAAUUGAAGUGGUUUCAAAGGGGGAAACUUUUCUUUAGUGCAACCAAUUCUUCUUACAACUAAAGCAAACUAGAAUAAGAAUUAGGAUUUGCCUAUUGUAGUAAAGAUCAAACCGUGUAUUAUUCCACUUGAUAUGACAAUAAGAUAUAUAGCAAAUAUUGCAAAUUUCAUCCAAUGCAUCAUUUCCUCAUAAAAAAGGGACCAAAGAUUCUCCUUUUUUCAGUAAUUUUUUAUUUUUUUUUGCAAAACGAAGUUAAAUUAAAGACGUGCUUUUUUGAAAUGUAUAAUAUUAUUUGAAUUUAAAAAUCUGACAUUUGCUGACAUGAUAACAUGUCAACCAACAUAAUCCCAAUGAAAAAAAUCCAACAAUUAUAGCUAUAAUAAUUAUUGGGCCAUGCCAUUACGAUAACACAAGAAAUUUUAUAAAUAUCAAUGUCAUCUCUUUUAAUUGAGGAUCGAGAUGAAGUAAUGAUGUAGAACAAGAAUAACAAUUUUUAUAUUUUAUUUUAUUACGUUGUUAGAAUCAAAUUUUAAUUGGUAAUAUUUUA